AUGCCAGUAUAUGUACUGCAAAAAAAAUUAUUGAUCCGCGACGCUCACUCAGCACUCCGCACCUCCGCCAGCACUCCCACCUCCCCCAGCACUCCCAACAUCCCCCAGCACUCCCACCUCCCCCAGCACUCCCAACAUCCCCCAGCACUCCCAACCUCCCCCAGCACUCCCAACCUCCCCAGCACUCCCAACCUCCCCAGCACUCCCAACAUCCCCAGCACUCCCAACCUCCCCCAGCACUCCCAACCUCCCCAGCACUCCCAACCUCCCCAGCACUCCCAUCCUCCCCCAGCACUCCCAACCUCCCCAGCACUCCCACCUCCCCCAGCACUCCCAACAUCCCCCAGCACUCCCACCUCCCUCAGCACUCCCAACCUCCCCAGCACUCCCAACCUCCCCCAGCACUCCCAACAUCCCCCAGCACUUCCAACCUCCCCCAGCACUCCCAACCUCCCCACACUCCCAACAUCCCCCAGCACUCCCAACCUCCCCCAGCACUCCCAACCUCCCCAGCACUCCCAACCUCCCCCAGCACUCCCCACCUCCCUCAGCACUCCCACCUCCCUCAGCACUCCCAACAUCCCCCAGCACUCCCACCUCCCUCAGCCUCCCAACAUCCCCAGCACUCCCAACCUCCCCAGCACUCCCAACCUCCCCAGCACUCCCAACAUCCCCCAGCACUCCCAACCUCCCUCACACUCCCAACAAAUCCCAGCACUCCCAACCUCCCCCAGCACUCCCAACCUCCCCCAGCACUCCCAACCUCCCCAGCACUCCCAUCAUCCCCCAGCAUUCCCAACCUCCCCCAGCACUCCCAACCUCCCCAAGCACUCCCAACCUCCCCCAGCACUCCCAACCUCCCCCAGUACUCCCAACCUCCCCAGCACUCCCAACCUCCCCCAGCACUCCCACCUCCUCAGCCUCCCACCUCCCUCAGCACUCCCAACCUCCCCCAGCACUCCCAACCUCCCCAGCACUCCCAACACUCCCCCAGCACUCCCAACAUCCCCCAGCCUCCCACCAUCCCCCAGCACUCCCAACCUCCCCAGCACUCCCAACCUCCCCAGCACUCCCAACCUCCCCAGGACUCCCAACAUCCCCCAGCACUCCAAAACCUCCCCCAGCACUCCCACCUCCCUCAGCACUCCCAACUCCCUCAGCACUCCCACCUCCCCCAGCACUCCCAACAUCCCCCAGAAGUCCCAACCUCCCCCAGAACUCCCACCUCCCUCAGCACUCCCAACUCCCUCCAGCACUCCCACCUCCCCCAGCACUCCCCAUCUCCCUCAGCACUCCCCAUCUCCCUCAGCACUCCCCAACUCCCUCAGCACUCCCACCUCCUCCAGCACUCCCCACCUCCCCCAGCACUCCCCAACUCCCUCAGCACUCCCACCUCCCUCAGCACUCCGCACCUCCGCCAGCACUCCCACCCUCCCCCAGCACUCCCAACAUCCCCCAGCACUCCCAACCUCCCCCAGCACUCCCAACAUCCCCCAGCACUCCCAACCUCCCCCAGCACUCCCAACCUCCCCCAGCACUCCCACCUCCCCCAGCACUCCCACCUCCCCCAGCACUCCCAACAUCCCCCAGCACUCCCCAUCUCCCUCAGCACUCCCCACCUCCCCCAGCACUCCCACCUCUGCUUCGUCUACAAAACAAUAA